CUAGGCUUCAAAAUAAUCAGAGCCGGUAUGGAAAGCGAAACAGUGAUAUUGUACUGUCCCCCGUCUCUCUCUCUCUCUCUCUCUCUCACAUUCCGCCUACCGCUUCAAACCUCCGCACCGUCUUUAGGGUUUCUCAUUCUAUCCCGAACUCCUUCCUCGUUCCUCAGGUUUGACGAGUAAAGUUCUGUCUCAAUGUGUUCUUGUUCCAGGCUUUGGAUGUCACAGUUUGGAGCCAGUUAAACAGGUGGACAUAGUAUACCAGCUUUCAACUUUUAUGGAGGAAGAAUAGUCUAAACUACAUGCGCCGUGCUUUUAGGCAUCGGAAUUUGUGUGUGAAAUGCUUCCCAAGUGAUGAAUUAAUAUAAACUUGCAGGACUAAACUUUCACGUUGUUGUUGGGCACUACUUUUGAACAGCUGUAGCGGAGGAAUCCAAUUAUGGGUUCAUUUUCUGGUACUUGUGAAAUUGUUGAAGCAGGGGAAGAGCUAAAUUUUUGUCAACAUUCUAGGGAAACUUGUGACAAAGAUCAGAAGCUUCGUAAGCUAAAACUUGGAUAUAAGGAUUCUUUGGAAGAUGACAUUAAUAAUCUUUUUGAGGCAAUUCAUCUCAAGGCUUCAACCAAGGGCUUAGGUCUUUCCCAACAAACGGGAUUGAGCCCUUUAAAUAAAAGUGCCUUGAAAAGGCCAAUUACAGUAGGUGCGCCACGAUCGCCAGGAAUGGGGAGUUCAGAACCUGUGACUCUGAAGCAGGCAUUAAGGGAACUAUGCCUUUCUAAGGCAUCGGAAAUGGCUGCUAUGCGACGUUUAUCAAAGUCUACUAGUUCUCCUGGAGUCUCUGAAGCCGGAAGGAUAAAAACAUUGUACAAUGCUGUUGUAGUUGAAGGUAGUGGAUCUGGCCCAUCUGUAGAUGAAGGUAAAGGUAGUGGGGUCGAAAUAUCGCUCAUGCCUGAAGAAAUCAUACUAAAUUCUUCUGGGAAGAUGCCCAGGCAUCUUCAAAUGCAAACUGUGAAGUCAUCAUGCCAAAGUGUUCCGAGUUCUCCUCGAGUUGCUGUUACUACCAUACAGAAUAAUACUGGGAACAUACCAAUGCAAAAUGAGAUUAUCUCUUCAUCAAGUAAAGCUGGGGGUCAUACAACAAAGGUAGAGCUUGGCAAGAAAGAGAAGCAUACAUAUGUGCCUUCUCUAUCUUCUCCUAGUACUGAUGGACAGAUUUCAGAGCUGGUUGAAAAAGCUCCUGCCUCAACCAAAUUGACAAAUAAAGUAUCGGCACCGAAAUCCGUUCGGAAAGGCAGGUUGCAAGCAACACCAUCCUCCUCUAGCUUGCUUGUUGGAAAUAGGAUGAGCAAGUUAUCCAGGAAUAACUCCCGCUCAGUCAAACCGAUUGUUAGGAACAAGAAUUCUGUUAAGAAGAAAAUUAAGCAGAACUCAGGUUCCACUGCCUGCACUUCCAGUGCAUAUGAAAGUGUUAAUACUGACUUGAAUCCUAGUAAAAGUCCACUGGUUUGUGAGAAAUGCCAGUGCACAUUGAAGAAUGCAAAUAAAGAGUUCAAACCAGAUUCUCUUAUGUCUCAUUCAAUGAAUCCUAAUGUUGAAGUAAGCCCAAGUAAUGGGAAUUCUGGAGCAAGUAUGCCAGGCAUAACUUCAAACAGCUGGAAUAAAAGCAAAGCCAUUGUUAUGAAAGCAAAGAAAAACACAAAAUUGAAAGAGAAGGGGGAAUUUUCCCAAAGUUCAAAAAGUAGCCAAGGUGAGUAUAGUACUAGUACAAGUAUCAGUGAUGAGAGCAAUUUGAGUGGGUCUAGCUGUGGCAACAGACCUCACAUGUCAAAGGAUGUGAGGUGGGAAGCCAUCCGUCAUGCACAGAUGCAGCAUGGAGUCCUGGGUUUGAGACACUUCAAUCUUUUAAAGAAGCUUGGUUGUGGUGACAUUGGAACUGUAUAUCUUUCUGAACUGAUUGGUACGAAUUGCCUAUUUGCCAUAAAGGUCAUGGACAACGAGUUUUUGGCUAGAAGGCAGAAGAUGCCAAGGGCUCAUACGGAAAGAGAAAUAUUGAGAAUGCUGGAUCAUCCUUUCCUCCCAACACUAUAUGCACAAUUCACGUCAGAUAAUCUAUCAUGCUUGGUUAUGGAGUAUUGUCCAGGCGGAGACCUUCAUGUCCUUCGGCAGAAGCAGCUUGGCAGGAGCUUUUCUGAACCAGCAGCGAGGUUUUAUGUUGCUGAAGUCCUCCUUGCUUUGGAGUACUUGCACAUGCUUGGAGUUGUGUACCGUGAUUUGAAACCAGAGAACAUUCUUGUUCGGGAAGAUGGUCACAUUAUGCUCACAGACUUUGACCUCUCACUCAGAUGUACUGUGAGUCCAACCCUCGUAAAAUCUUCAGCCAGUUCAGAUCCUGCAAAGAUUUCUGGUCCAUGUACAGAUUCUAGCUGCGUUGAGCCAUUCUGCAUUGAGCCAUCCUGUCAAGUCCCAUGUUUCAGCCCUAGGUUUUUACCUGCUACUGCAAAAGCAAGGAAAUUAAAAGUUGAUCUUGCAGCCCAGAUCAGAUCAUUGCCACAGCUUGUGGCUGAGCCUACUGACGCACGAUCGAAUUCCUUUGUUGGCACCCACGAAUACUUGGCACCCGAGAUCAUCAAAGGAGAGGGCCAUGGAGCUGCAGUUGAUUGGUGGACGUUUGGUAUCUUUCUUUUUGAGCUUUUAUAUGGUAGAACACCUUUUAAAGGUAUUAAUAACGAAGAGACGUUAGCCAAUGUAGUGUUGCAGAGUCUCAAAUUCCCUGAUGACAGCCCACUCGUCAGUUGCCACGCAAGAGAUCUCAUCAGAGGGCUGUUGGUGAAGGAGCCUGAGAAUCGGUUGGGAUCCGAGAAAGGGGCUGCUGAGAUUAAGCAGCACCCGUUCUUUGAAGGCCUGAGUUGGGCGUUAAUACGCUGCACCAUUCCACCAGAGCUACCCGAUUUAUGCGACUUGGGAUUUCCAAACACUUCUUCCCACGAAACAAAGAACAAAUAUUUGGAGUGCAAAGCUACAGGAGAGCACCUGGAGUUUGAAUUGUUCUAGAGAAAAGCACCUACAUUUGGGAAGAGAGACUCUAUGGUUAGAGGUUCGUCCUUGAUUCAGACCUAUCCUCUUCUGCUGUAAUCUAAUAUGUAACUUAAAAUGUAAAUGUACGGGAUAAUACUUUGGUAAAUGCUGGUCAUAUAUGGUAUAUAGAGUUGUAGCUGAGGUUUUGA